AUGAAGGCAUCAUCCAUUCUGUCUCUGGCAGGUCUGUUGUCCUCAGUCAAUGCUCAUGGAUACCUGACGAUUCCUUCAAGUCGUACUCGGCUUGGAUUCGAGGCUGGCAUUGAUACCUGCCCCGAAUGCUCCAUCCUUGAACCAGUCUCUGCUUGGCCUGACCUGGAAGAAGCACAAGUUGGUCGGAGUGGACCAUGUGGCUAUAAUGCCCGAGUUAGUGUUGACUAUAACCAGCCCGCCGCUCACUGGGGCAACUCUGUAGUCGCAACAUAUACUGGACACCAGAUCGUCGAAGUGGAAUGGUGUGUCGAUAACAACGGUGACCAUGGUGGCAUGUUUACCUACGGUAUCUGCCAGAACCAAACACUAGUUGACUUGUUCCUCGAUCCCAAUUACCUCCCAACAAAUGCCGAGAAACAAGCUGCCGAAGACUGUUUCCUGGAGGGUGAGCUGAAAUGCACAGAUGUCCCUGGACAGACCUGUGGAUACAGUCCUGACUGCACCGCUGAUAAACCAUGCUGGCGCAACGACUGGUUCACCUGUAAUGCUUUCAACGCUGGCAGCCGACGGGGCUGUCAGGGCGUGGAUGGUGCGCCAUUGAACUCCUGCAAGACAACUAUCGGCGGUGGCUACACCGUUACGAAGAAAAUAAAGAUCCCAGACUACGACUCGGCGCACACUUUGCUGCGCUUCCGAUGGAACUCCUUCCAGACGGCUCAGGUCUAUCUUGGCUGUGCCGAUAUUUCUAUUGCGGGUUCGGGGUCAGGACCGGGUUCGACUACCUCUAUGACUUCUACAAGUAAGACGAGCACCACAACGUCGACAGCAACUACUACAUCAUGUGCUACUACUGCCACCACCGUCCCGGUAACUUUCAAGGGGCUGGUGGCAACGGUAUAUGGUCAGAAUGUCUUCCUCACUGGGUCAAUCAGCCAGUUGGGUUCCUGGUCUACCUCGUUGGCAAUCGCUCUGUCUGCGGACUCAUACACAUCGUCGAACCCAUUGUGGACUGCUAGUAUUGACCUUCCCGCUGGUGCCACUUUCGAGUACAAGUUCUUCAAGAAGGGGUCGGACGGUAGUAUUACCUGGGAAAGUAACCCUAAUCGGAGCUAUACUGUACCGACAGGCUGCUCCGGUACUACAGGUAGUGCAAGUGGAACCUGGAGGUAG